GGGACGGACGCGGUCCAACCAUGACUGCUGUGGUCCAACCCGACCUUGGUCCUCCACCCGCGCACAAGUAUAAGGAUGAUCCUUCAGAUGACUCGCUUCGGCACCUAGGAAGCAACCACAGCCAUCAGCACCCUCAGAAUCUACAGCAACAUUCCCGCCCUGGAGGCCUUCUACACCAGCAUAAUCAACGGCCAGAUUCUCCGCACCAACAUACGGGAGGAUCCCUUCCAACCAAUCCAUAUUCUGCACCAUCUGGUCUGAACGGUCUGUCAUUACAGCACCCGCCUCCACCACAAUACCCACCAGCUGCUCAGGAACCUGGUUACUAUACCUCACACGCCCAUCCAUACCCGGCAACAACCACCCCGGCGCAGUAUCCAUCUAGUGGACCCCCAGAUCUUAUGGCAGCAACUGCCCAAAUGCAGAGGCCAUAUCCUCCAAUCUACCAAACAGCCCCUCAAUCAAACUCCCCUGUGUCGGUGACAUCGCCACCAACACAUGAUCAGCAUGGGCGUAGCCUUUAUGCGCAGUCUCCCCAGAUUGCAUCGCAGAUGUACAGUUACGGUCAACCGUAUUCACCGAUGAAUCCUGUUCAUCCGGCCUACAACCCCCAACCACCUGCGCCGCCACAACACCCCUUGACUACUCAGCCUUUGAUGAUGCCUCCACAGACGGCACCUAUUCAGCACACUAUUCCAUCAACACAUCAACCAGCUAUGUCUAGUUCGACGAUGGGUAACAACAGCCCCCGGCUCAAGGUGGAUCCCAUCCCACAACAACACACCCCUGGUCAGAAUCAGCGGCCAUCAAUUUCGGCUUCUACUUUGACAUCACCUAAUCCCUCUGUGCCGCCUCUUUCGGCAAACAAUGUGCAUGUCAGUCACCCGACUGGCACAAACCCUACCAACGCGGCCCCUGGUCCUAUUCCUGCGACAACUCCGCAGCUUGUCCGUCAAGACAGCAACGGAGUGCAAUGGAUUGCAUUCGAAUAUUCACGUGACCGUGUGAAAAUGGAGUACACGAUCCGUUGCGACGUGGAGUCCGUGAACGUGGAAGCUCUAUCAGCAGAUUUCAAGACGGAGAACUGUGUAUAUCCUCGUGCAUGCUGCAGCAAGGAACAAUACCGUGGGAACCGACUGGUGUACGAAACUGAAUGCAAUGCUGUUGGCUGGGCUUUGGCUGAAUUGAAUCCUCCUCUGAGAGGAAAGAGAGGCUUGAUCCAGCGCGCCGUCGACAGUUGGCGCAACAGCAACCAGGAUCCUCGGCUGCGAAGCCGUCGAGUUCGACGUAUGGCAAAAAUGAAUCGUCGACAAGCGAAUCAACAACCAAAUCACCAACUCGGCGGAAAUGCUGCGCCUGUGCCUCAUCUUCUCACGCACAGCCCUGUGGGACUCGCGCCGACCGCUCGACCGCCGACCGCACCCCUGACGCUCGCAGCGCCGCCCUUACAGCAUCACACCCACCACGCAGAUGGUCAAGCUGGGAAUGAAGAAGUUAGCGGCAGCACUGAUUUAUCGAAUGGUGCUCAACGUCCUCCCUACGUUCCAACCAGUGCGAAACCUCCGAUUAGUGAUGCUCAUGAAUCGACUCCAGGCCUUCGUCCUGGACAGGUUUACCAUGGCAUGCUUUCAUACCCUGCAACAGCCCAUACACCUAGUGGUCUAGGAGCGCCAUCCAUAGCCCCUCCCCUUCAAGGAGGUGGAUUCGACAUUAUAGGCCGACAAUCCGUGGCCACUGCAUCCAGCCAGCGCCACCAAGCAGACGAUUCAUAUGAAACGGAGGGCGGUACAGGCAAGCCCGGCGAUAAAGUUCUGUUUGGCAACCUACCCGUUGGUAAACGACGGAAAUUCAUUCUAGUUGAAGAUCACCAACGCGGUGGCCGUGCGCGAGUGAAGGUCACAUUGGAUAGAGUCAACAUCAACGAGAUUCCAGAUUCAUACCGUCUCACGAACGCCGUAUACCCUCGUGCUUAUUAUCCUGUGCAGAUGAAAGGGUCUCCGGGGCAUACUGUUCCUGACAGCCGGUAUCUCGAGGAUAACGACGCUGACGAUAAUAACGAUGAUGAUGACGAUUAUGAACUUGAAAACGGUAACGAUCCCGUUACUGUUGGUCGAACCAUUGUGACUGUGCCGUCGAUCGAGGGCCUCUCCAUGCCUGUUCCACAAUUAACCCGCAGUCGACACCGCAAAGAUAAAAUUAUAAACGAUUUCGGGUACCGUAUGAGCUGGAGCCAAAGCAGGGUAUUUGCUACUCGACAUUUAUUCUUGCAACGAUCACUAGAUGCAUAUCGAAACAAAAUGCGCGGUUCAAUGCUGACAAUCGGACAAGAACCGGAAUCUAUCGCGUCACAUUUUGAGACACGAAUCGGAAGACGCAAGUUCAAUACCCGGCGUCAACGAAAGAACGAAGGCUCGUCAAUUUCGGCAUCUCGACGAGAAGCCGAGGAGGUUGAAGCUUAGCUUCCUUUCUUAAUGACGACCUCCCCUAGGGUUUGUUUUUUCUUUAAUUGUAUAAAUUACUCUUCUCCCCCUGUCCUUACCGUGGGCUGUACCGGCUCUUAAUUUUGUGUGACUAUCAUUUUUCUUUUCUAUGUUGGUCACUUCUGUAACAUACUGUCCCUAUCGAUUUUAUAUACCCUGUCUUUUUCCUGUUUCUCUUCUUGCUUUUCUUCGUCUUGUUUGUUUCUUGUUCUAUUGCUUGUUAUAUGUCAAACCACGAUCGAAAAGAGUUGGAUACGCGAUACGAACAUAGGAAGAGAGUUGCUCUCUGGGCCGGCUGAUAAUGGUUGUUUGAUAUGGUACAUGGUAUUGCAGGUUCUUGUUUUACUGGAGGGAUCGGAUAUAGGGUUUAAUUGCAUAUUGGGACAUGGCAAAAAUGGAUUGAUUUUCUAAUGUGGGAGGAAAGAGAAAAGGAGAGGAUACAAUAAUACAUACUUUUUGUUUGAUAUACAAGUUCUACCGGAUAUGUAAUAGCACGUGGACAUCUAAUCUGCCUCC